AUCCUGCGUGCUUCACACUGGACCCACGCUGGUACAAAAUCGUCCGUGAAUUGUUUCGUGACAAGAGACAAGAUGGCGCCAACUACAUCCAGUAGAGUUGCCAAGUUUUCCAUUAUCUGUUUCCUGUUAUUCGCCUCUGUCUCAGCGCGCCCUCAGCUCGGAGACGUCCUUGGAUCUGUCGUUGAAACUUUCCUGAAGAAUGCAGUCAAGACCUCAGAACUCACGAUUCUUGAUAACUAUUGCUACGUGAAUCGCAGUCCCUAUUUGAAGAAGUUUGAAGUGCAUUACAGAGCUGAUGUGAAGUGCCCCGGAUGGACUAUCAUUGUCGGAAGAGGAAGCGACCACACGAAUCCUACCAACUCGGAACUGGAUGCCAUCAAGGAUUUCGUGAAACAGGCUGUUAUAAAGGGUAUUAUGACUGAUGUGGAAGCUGCAGAGUAUCUCUAAGACCGUAUAUUAUUUCUUUCUACAGACCAAUCGCGGUUAGAAAUGCUGUUGUUUUUCCUCUGCUUAUAACGAACCUCGUAUCAGGAGAAGGGUGUUUUCCUUCACAUCUGGCUGAGGUUGUGUUCUUUCGGGUUAAAAAUAUGUUGUUUAUUUUACGUAUAUGAUAAUUGCUAUUGGAUCGAUUUGUUUUCAAGAGUAUUUUUUAAGAAAAGUUACUGUAUCACAUUGAGUCAACAAGUCUAUAUGAAAAGAUGUGUAUAUGUUUUAAAAGGAAAAUUUCCGUUAUAUAUAUCGAAUCACAUUCUUAUCAUGUAAUUUAUGUAAUCCCAAACUGACCCAUAUUGUAUAAUGAUGAAAUAAAUAAAAAUUAUAUAAAC